AGCAUCCUCAAGCAGUGUCGAAGGAGAUGAAAAGGAAAACAGUGCCCGGGAGAGAGAGGGAAGAAGUUGGAUUAAUUUUCUUUGUCACUUCGUCCGUUUUCGGAUCACUUUCGACCGAGUUGGUCUUGCGAUCCUUUCGUUAAGCCAUCGAUUCGCUCCUAGACUUCUGACCUCUCCCCUCCAGAUACCAGAGACGGUGAUCUGCGUCAUCUGUUCCCCCAGUCCCUUUUUGUGUGUGUCCGCUCGGACCCGCAGUCAGCGAUCAUGGAGGAGACCGUGACUACGUUCGAGACCCACUUGACAGCUGUCAUGGACAGUCUCAUCCGUGCCUCCGUGUGUGAGAUCACAAAACUCUUUCAGGAAACAGUCAACGAUUACAUCGUGGAGCUGACGCUCAACAGGAAGGAGAACGAGACUCUGAAACUUCGCCUCAGGUUGACUGAGAACAAAUUGAGGAACGAGCGCAAGUACGGCAUGGGGUGGGCUGAGAACCGGAGGAACGCCGGGCUGGCGGUACAGGAGGAUGGAGUAAGUGGACGAAAGAAACGAAAACGCGAAACGCCUCGAGGCAAGCAGAAGCAGGGCUCCGCCGUGGCCUAUGGCAAGGGCUGGCCGGGGGGUUUGUGGGAGGAAGGAGAGGAGGAGGAGGACAGCGGCGGGCUGCCGGUGGAGGACGAGGAAGGGGAGGGCAUGCUGUGCCGAGAGGGGGAGGAGAUGGGCAACAUCAAAGAGGAGUUCGCCCAGCAUGAGGGCUACCAACCCGCCUCCCUGCGACUCAUCAAGGAGGCCCUGAAGAUGGACCCCCCCCACCAGAACCUCCAGACCAGCUCCCGGUCCCACAGCGAAGGCGAGCUCUCCGACCGGCCCCCGGCCCUCCACCCAGGGGAGAGGGGCGAGGAGGAGGAGGAAGGAGAGGAGUGGGAGAUGGGCUCCACGGAGCCGUCGGAGGGCGGCAUGAGCAUGGACGAGCUGCGGGGCCUGGAGACGGCGCUGCGCGCGGAGCGGGGCCGCGAGCGCGCCGCCCAGAGGGCCUCCAACUCCGUCAGCCCCGUGGCGGACGCGGCGGACGCGGCCUCCGGUGCCGAGGGGCCCCUGGCCCCCAAGUACAUCGGCCUGGACGGGCUGGAGCAGGAGGGGGAGCUGGACCCCCAGCCGCCCACCCUGCAGAGAGAGGACCUGACGGGGGCCCACGGCCGCUCCCAGGAGGGCCUGAGGUCCGGGGGCUCGUCGGUGGGGGGGACCCCGCGCUGGGCCAAGAGGCUGCGGGAGGGCGAGCUGGCGGGGGAGGGCAUGGGGGAGCCGGGGGAGGGCCCCGAGGACCUGCCCUACCUGUCGGCCCCGGGGAGCGUGGGGGACAGCGUCGGCGACGAGGACGAGGGCGGCGGCGACCUGCUGCACUUCUGCACCCAGUGCGGCGGGGGGUUCCCCUCGGGGGCGGAGCUGGAGGAGCACCCCUGCCCGCUGGGCAGCGCCCACCUGCAGGGCGGCGAGCCGGCCGCCACGCCCUUCCCGUGCGCGUCGUGCGGCAACGCCUUCAGCCACGCCUGGGCCCUCAAGAACCACGAGUGCGCCUGCGCCGCCGAGCGGCCCCACUGCUGCGAACUGUGCGGCAAGCGCUUCACGCACACGCGCUCGCUGGAGCGCCACCAGCUGGUGCACACGGGCGAGCGGCCGCACCGCUGCCCGCAGUGCGGCCGCAGCUUCAGCCGCCUCGGCAACCUGGAGCGCCACCAGCGCAUCCACACGGGGGAGCGGCCAUACGGCUGCGAGGCGUGCGGCAAGCGCUUCAGCCGCGUGGAGUACCUGAAGAGGCACCAGCAGAUCCACAGCGGGGACAAGGCGGCGGCGCUGCAGUGCGCGCAGUGCGGACUCAGCUUCGGGGACGUGGAGCAGCUGAAGAGCCACCAGUGCUAUUAGCACGG